GACACCUGAGGGGUAACAGCGGCCGAGAUGAAGCAUUUCCUGAGAGUUGUGACCCAGUUCUUUGUGUUCCUCUACUGCAAGUGUCUUUGGCGGGGCCUAAAGUUUGUUGUCAGGAAGUUUACAGGACGCUGCGAGCUGCAGCGAAUCUGCUACAACAACAAACAUGGAGCCCGCAGGACCCUCAAGAUAGAGUCAUCUCUGAGGUACUCCAAGAAUGAGCUGCUGCAGUCUGCCCUCAGCGUCCAUCCUGAUAAAGUGGAGAAAACCAUCGAUGACAUCAUGGCCUUGAAGAAAAUUAACCCUGACACCAACCCACAGCUCGGCAUCUCUCUGCAGGCCAGCCUGCUGCAGAUUGUGGGCUACAGGAGCCUGGUGGCAGAGGUGGAGAAGCUACGCAGGGAGCCUUAUGACUGCGAAAAUCCUGAGCAUGAGGAAAUGCUGAUGAAGCUAUGGAAAGAGCUGCGCCCUGACACACCUCUCACGGGUCGCAUAUCCAAACAGUGGUGUGAGAUUGGUUUCCAGGGCAGCGAUCCAAAGACUGAUUUCAGGGGCAUGGGACUGCUGGGCCUGCACAACCUGCUGUAUUUUGCUGAACACGACAAGGCUACCGCCCUGCAGAUGCUCCAUGAUUCCCUCCAACCAAAGCACAACGAGGUAAACAAGCCUGAAUGGGAACAGAAGAACCUUGACAAGGCGAUUGGGUAUUCCUUUGCCAUUGUGGGCAUCAACAUCACAGAUCUGGCCUACUCUCUGUUGGUGAGUGGAGCUCUGAAGACCCAUCUGUACAAUGUGGCUCCAGAGAUGCCCAGCCUGCUGCACUUCCAGCAGACCUUCUGUUACCUGAUGCAGGAGUUCCACCGCUUCUGGAUUGAGGAGGAUCCC